AUGCCGACCACAGUGCAUGAGGUGGCAACCACUCAAUUCCAAUCCAUAUUACAAUCUUGGAUACAACAAGGUGAUGGUAACGGCAACUAUCCGGUCAUGUGUACACUGGGAGCGUCAGUGAGAGGUACGACAGGCAAGACGAAACGUCCAGACUGCUCGUGGGUACCAGCACAUACGGGCCUGUCCACCCAUUACCCGAGCAUCAUAGUAGAAGUCGCAUGGACCGAAACCCGAAAGAAAUUAGAAAAUGAUAUGCAGUGGUGGCUUACAAAGACGGACGGGCAGGUCAACGUUGUACUGUCCGUUACAGUGCAAAGACGCGGGAAGAUCAUCGUUGAAGAAUGGGGCAUCAAACGCAACAGUGUCGUCCCAGUACAAACCAUGCAGAUCGUACGAAAGCCUGCGUCAAACGACCAAAAGGUUGAGGGACAUUUGUCCCUCAACUUCGAAGAUAUACACAGACGUCAGAAAACGCAGGGAAAUACAGACUUUGUGUUAACCCCCGAUGGUCUCGAAAGAAUGGCCAAGGGAAUUUGGAUAGCUCAGGAUCGCAAGCUUGACUCUGGGGUUUAA